AUGACACAUGGUUGCAGUUCGAUGAGCAUCUACAGCUUCCUCAUAGCGGUACGCUCAGAAGGCCAACAACUUAUGAACGAGAAUGGCGAAACGACUUCACAUUUGAUGGGCAUGUUCUAUCGUACAUUGCGCAUCGUUGACAAUGGCAUCAAACCACUUUACGUCUUCGAUGGCGCCCCACCAAAGCUCAAGUCGGGCGAACUAGCCAAGCGGUUUGCGAGGAAAACGGAAGCUACAGAGGCACAUGAAGAAGCCAAAGAGACAGGAACGGCAGAAGAAGUCGAGAAGUUCUCCCGGCGCACUGUCAGAGUCACUCGAGAACACAACGAUGAGUGCAAGAGACUUCUCACACUCAUGGGUGUCCCAUACAUUGUUGCACCGACCGAGGCUGAAGCCCAAUGCGCAGUACUAGCAAGAGCAGGCAAAGUCUAUGCCGCCGCAUCGGAGGAUAUGGAUACUCUUUGCUUCGACUCGCCAAUCCUACUGCGUCACUUGACGUUCAGCGAACAACGCAAAGAACCCAUCCUCGAGAUUCACCUUGAUCGUGUCCUUGCGGGCCUCGCCAUGGACCGAAAGCAGUUUGUCGACCUCUGUAUCCUUCUAGGCUGUGACUACGUCGAUCCAGUUCCCAAAGUUGGUCCCUCCACCGCGCUCAAUCUUAUCCGCGAACAUGGUACUCUGGAAAACGUUGUCGACUUCAUCAAGAAUGAUCCCAAAGGCAAGAAAUUCACACUGCCGGACGACUGGCCAUUCGAAGACGCUCGAGAUCUAUUCUUCUCACCCGACGUUCGCGCUGCUGAUCAUCCUGACUGCGACUUCAAAUGGAACGCUCCAGAUGUGGAAGGACUCGUUAAAUUUCUAGUGACCGAGAAGGGCUUCAGUGAAGAUAGAGUCCGGAGCGCCGCGACGAAGCUGACAAAGAAUUUGAAGACAUCCCAGCAGGCACGCCUGGAGGGAUUUUUCAAGCCAGUACAGAAGACAGAGGAAGAGGUAGCUAGCCUGAAGAGGAAGAACGAGGAUAAGAGAGAGGCUACGAAAAAGAAGCAAAAGCUUGAAAAGAAGGAGAAAAAGGAGGCAAAAUCCAAGCCGCGGGGAACUGCUUGA